AUGGGUAACAAAGUAUCAGCUGAGGCAGCGACUGCUACUACAAAAAUUCAAAAUGCAAACCCGCCAUCUGAAUGCCCAAUGCAUAACAAAAUGGACACAGCGUCUGAUUCUCGUCCAUCUGAAUGUCCUAUACAACAUGACAAUAACAUUAAUCCAUAUAACAUGAUGCCUCCGGCAAACCAGCAACCAGCACCAGACCAACCCUUUGACCUUCCAACUCAAAGACAAGUUUCUACUAUUCCUCGCGCUAUGCCUGAUGGUACAACUGAAUUUUGGGUUUAUCCAAGUCAACAAAUGUUCUGGAAUGCUAUGUUACGUAAAGGGUGGCGCUGGAAAGACGAAGACAUUAAACCAAAAGAUAUGGAUGAUAUAAUCAGAAUACAUAAUGCUAAUAAUGAACAGGCAUGGCUAGAAGUUUUGAAAUGGGAAGCUUUACAUGCUAAGGAAUGUGGACAUCCUAGGCUUAAGAGUUUUGGAGGGAAAGCUACUCAAUAUAGCCCUAGAGCCCGGAUGAGGUCAAUGCUUGGUUAUGAAUUACCGUUUGAUCGCCACGACUGGAUCGUGGAUAGAUGCGGCAAGGAUGUUAGAUACAUCAUCGACUAUUAUGAUGGAGGUGAAGUUGAUAAUAAAUAUCAGUUUGCCCUACUGGAUGUAAGGCCGGCUAUGGACUCAUUUGAGAAUGUUUGGGACAGAAUGAAAGUCAUGUAUAUGAGAUAUCGAUUUGAAUUAUUAGGUAACAAAGAUAAUCCAAAGCUUACAAAUUAA